GUUAGUUUUUUAAUUAAUGUUUUGGGUUUAAUAUUACUUUACAAUGCUACGAAAAGCUAUUUCAAAUAUCGUUAUAUGAGACAGCAGGGUCUACCUAUGGUUUAUGGUCUACCGUUUUUGGGUAUUUUGCAUAAAUGUUUGCCGAUUCAUAAUAUUUUAUAUACUCUAGGUUCGUAUUUCGAAGAGUUAAAGUCCUGUUCCUACCUGGCUUGGUUUGCCAAUGUUCCCAUCAUUAUAUCAACUGAUACUGAAAUCAUUAAACAUAUUUUGAACUCUGAUGUGUUUCUAAACAAGUCGGGUGUUAUAUAUGAACGCUUAAGUGAAGCUGUAUCUAAUGGUAUUAUUACCAGUAAAUACUUCAAAUGGAAACAUAAUCGUAAAUUAAUGAAUCCCUUAUUUGCUCCACAAAUUGUACAACAAUUUAUACCGAAUUUCAAUAAAUGCUCUAAACGUAUAUCGAAGUAUUUCGAGUCCUUGAGUAGUGGAGAGCAACAUGCAGUGUUUGAUCGUAUUAAACAGGAAGUUUUAAAAAUGGCUAUGGACACCACCUUGGGCAGUAGACUUGUCGAUGGGGAAAACCUUUAUGGAAAUAUGGGAAAGAGUUUCAAUAUAUUAUUUGGAAAAAUGGUUAGAGAUAUUUUACUAUCUUUAGUAAAACUUUCAUUUCUUACUCAAACGUCAUGUUAUUAUGAAAUCAAAGACAAUUUAUUUAACUAUAUAGAAAAUCUAAUUAAAAGCAAAAUGGACUCAACUAUUGAAAAUAAAGAUAAACAUUUCUUGGAUCGUGCUAUAAAAUAUCUAAAACAAAAUAUAUUCUCUAAAAAUGAUGUAAUAACAGAGACCUAUACCACGAUUAUUGCGUCUUUUGAAACAGUUUCUACCACCUUAUACUCUAUCAUUAUAAUGUUGGCCAUGCAUCAAGAUGUUCAGCAGAAACUUUAUGAGGAAAUAAUACAAGUUAUCGCCAAUACCGAGAAUAUAGAUUAUAAACAUUUGGAUCAAUUGCCCUAUCUAAAUAUGGUUAUCGAUGAAACCUUACGCCUAAUGCCUCCUAUACCUUUAAUAGGACGUGAAUCAAUGGAAAGUUGUCAUUUAACCGAUUCCAUUCAACUACCCAAAGACUUUCAAAUAAUAAUUUCUAUAUUUCAUUUACAUCGACGUCAAGAUCUUUGGGGCACUAAGGCCACACAGUUUAAUCCCGAUAAUUUCUUACCAGAAAAUAUAGAGAAACGUCAUCCAUAUGCUUUUAUACCCUAUUCAAAGGGUAUGCGUAAUUGUAUAGGUUGGCGUUAUGCUCAAAUUGCUUUAAAGGUAUUAGUGCUGAAUCUAGUUAGAGAAGUGCAAUUUUCAACCGACUUUCCCUACAACGAUUUGGUAUUUGUUAAUCAAGUGAGCUUGCGUUUUUUGAAGGAACCGAAAAUACAAUUUGUAAAGCGUUAGGUUA